UACCAAAAAGCUAAUAAGAGCGAGUUUCCGUUCCCGCCGUUUGUCAGUCAGUGGGAGUGCUCUGUUCAAAAUUUGCGCCUAUAAAACUCCCGGAAUCCUUCAUUUCUCUGUAAAUGCAAGUACCAAACAUGCAAGCGCUAAGAGCUCUCCGUUUCCAAAAACACUUGCUCAAUCUCCCUCCAACAAACCCCCUUUCGUCUCUCCGUUUCACUGUCAUAUGCAGUUCUCGCCAGUUCCACUUCACUCGCCGGAAACACUUCCCUGAAGAGUCCACAGCUCUCACCGAAGACGCCGUACAAGGCUGGGCCGCUCCUUCAGCUGCUCGAGAAAACCCUAGUGGUGAGAAUGUUCCGCAAAGGGAGUCUAAAUCGAGUGCAAAUUACUCCAAUGUUUUGGGUUCAAAGGGCAGGGUUUAUGAGGUUACAGGGAAUGGGAACAAGAAGAAGGGGAAAGGGAAGAGUAAAACAGUGUGGGUGUGUUCUGAUUGUGGGUAUGAUGAUGGACAGUGGUGGGGGAUAUGUAAGCAGUGUAAUGGGGUGAAUACUAUGAAGCGGUUUUCUGAAGGGGUAGAGCAUCUCACGAGUGGGUUUGAGGUUUUGGAGAAUGUGACAAGGUCGUGGCUGCCUCAUCAGUCUGUUAGAGCUAUGCCCACGAAAUUGACUGAUGUGAAUAAGGGAAUUAAUCAAUCGAAUUGGCGAAUCCCUCUGUCUGGCCUUUUUGGAGCUGAAGUGGGAAGAGUACUUGGUGGUGGUCUUGUGCCAGGUUGCUUAGUUUUAAUUGGAGGUGAUCCGGGUGUUGGUAAGAGCACAUUACUGUUACAGAUUGCAGCCAUAGUUGCAGAGGGGUGUGAAAUGGGGGGACCAGCAGCAGUUCUCUAUGUGUCUGGGGAAGAGAGUAUUGAGCAAAUUGGGAACAGAGCUGAUCGGAUGAGAAUCGGGACAGAUGAACUAUUUUUAUAUGCAAGUACAGAUGUUGAGGAUAUUUUGGAAAAGACCCAAACUCUCUCACUGCGAGCUUUGGUAAUUGAUUCCAUCCAGACAGUAUAUCUGAGAGGAGUAACUGGAAGUGCAGGUGGUCUAUCGCAGGUAAAAGAAUGCACAGAAGUAUUGCUGCGGUUUGCCAAGAAGACCAAUAUCCCUGUGUUUCUGAUUGGACAUGUGACUAAAUCUGGAGAAAUAGCUGGUCCUCGCGUCUUGGAACACAUAGUUGAUGUUGUUCUCUAUAUGGAAGGAGAGAAGUGCUCAUCUCAUCGUUUACUUCGUUCAGUGAAGAAUCGAUUUGGAUCCACAGAUGAGCUUGGAGUGUUUGAAAUGUCACAAUCAGGCUUGCAGGCUGUUUCAAACCCAAGUGAAAUGUUUCUAAGUGAACAGCAGUCGGAUUCUGAGUUUCUGGCUGGAUUAGCUGUUACUGUAAUUAUGGAUGGAUCUCGAGCCUUUCUUAUUGAAAUUCAGGCAUUGUGUGUUGCUGGUUCAUCUGUCUCAAGACAAGUAAAUGGUGUUCAAGCUGGCAGAGCUGAGAUGAUAAUUUCAGUUCUUAUAAAGCAAGCUGGUCUCAAGCUGCAAGAGAAUGGAGUUUUUCUCAAUGUUGUCAGUGGUGUUAGCCUGUCAGAGACUGCUGGUGAUCUUGCAGUAGCAGCAGCAAUUUGCAGCAGUUUUUUGGAAUUCCCUCUUCCUGUGGGCAUUGCAUUCAUUGGGGAAAUUGGCCUUGGUGGUGAAAUUCGUACGGUACCAAGAAUGGACAAAAGGAUAAAUACAGUGGUGAAGCUGGGAUACAAGAAAUGUAUAAUUCCCAAAUCAGCUGAAACAUCACUGUCAGCUUUAGAUCUUGGAGAUACUGAGAUUGUGGCCUGCAGAAAUUUGAAAGAGAUGAUAAACAUUGUGUUCAGAAAACGCUGAGAUAUUAUUGGUUGUAGUGAGUUUUUUAUGUGUAGAUAGUGAUGCAAUCUACACAGAUAUCAGUACUGUAUAUUAUCUAGGCUGUUUCUUGUAAUUUUGGCUCAGAGUUGUAUCAUUUUGGAGUUUUGGGCUAAAAUCAUCCCUGAAGUAUAACCCAAACUUAAGAUGCAUCCUUAUGAUAUAAAUGUGAACAAAAAAUAUCCUUUAACUAUCCUAAACUUAGCAAUAAUCAUCCUUUUGUUAAAAAACUAACAGCUGAAAUAAUAACAUGUCAAGCAGGUGACUUCCCCCAAAAUUUCCAUAUUAUAUCGUCUUCAUCCUUAUAUCUGGACUUUCUUUUAUGCUUUCAAGCAGAAAAAUAAUCUGCUCCAAUUGAAAGAGAUGGACUUUAUGAAAUGAAUCAAGAUUAUGGCUAUUUCAACCGGAAAGAAAAAGAGCCUAACGUCAAUCCAAUUUAUGAGAUCCACUUCCAUGAAAAAAGAUUGGUCUCAAAGCACAAAUUGAAGAUCGUUACACAAAAGAAAAGCAGCAGGAGAAGAAGUUAAUGUCAUGGUUACACAAGAGCAACAAGAAUUCUUGCAAUUGGAAAGAGAGAAGAUGAGAAAGUGAAGUCAUAGUGAAGUAGUCGUUUAUGUUAUAUUAAUUUCACUUUGAAUUUCUUGUAUUAAACGUAUCUAAGUUUGUUAAGUGCAAUAAAAAAGUACUAUGAGUUGCC